AUCUAUAUUUACCUGAUAACUAGCCUAUUUUUCUCAAUAUCUAUAGACAAUGGCUUGGGAGUAAUUACGUUCACAUUUCCUUGUAACACUCCUCUAACUUUUAUUUCUUUUGUCUUAUCUUUAUAUCCUCCCACAUUUUUUCAAAAUAUUCCACAAUCCAUCUUUGUUCUUAAAUUUUCAUUCUGGAAUGAAUAGUGAAUUUUUGUUUCAUUUUUUUAAAUUGUGCUUAGGUUAAGGUUUAUGGAACAGAUUAGUUUCUCAUUAAACAAGUAAUACACUUAUUGCUUUGUGAGAUUGGUUGCCAACCCCUUCUCGACCUUGGGUUCCCACUUGCAUUCCUCCAACUUUCCUGUCCCUGCUGCCUUCUUGUCCUUUCCCCUGGGCUGGUGUGCCCAUUUAGUCUCAUAUACAUGGUUGAGCUAUGUGUAUUAUUGUUUCAUGGGUCCGUCUAAUCUUUGGCUGAAGGGUGAAUCGUAGGAGUGAGUUUAGUACUGAGUAAAAAGAGCAUCUGGGGGUCAUACUGUGCAGCCCUCAGUGCCUUCCCCUUUAUUAGCAAUCUUGUUGUUUUGUUAGUUGCCGUCAAGUUGAUUCUGACUGAAGAUUCUUUAAGGACCUGCUCAGAUCCCCUGUGUCUAGAGUAGAACUGUGCUUUCCAGCGUUUUCAAGGCUGUGACCUUUUGGAAGCAGAUCUCCAGGCUUGUCUUCCAAAGUGCCUCUGAAUGGGUUCGAAAUACCAAUCUUUUGGCUAAUAGUUGAGUGUUUAACUGUUUGCACCACCCAGGGACUCCUUUUAUUAGCAAUACCAUGGGCUUUUUAGUAAACUUAUAUGUUUCUUUACAGUGAAAAGAUUAUUUGGUGAGAGUCAUUGGACCUGGGAUCUAAGAGUCCAUCUAGCUUUGAUUUUGUGAAAAUUAGUUUACAGAGUUACAGUGUCAAAAACAAAAUAAAGACAGGGAGAAGGAGAGAUGGUUGUUAAGUUUCCUUUCAGUUCUAGCAUUGUAUGACUCUAAGUUUCUCUCAAUUCUUUAUGGAUCUAUGUAUAAAUAUGUGUUGGAGUGCGACAAUGGAUCAGGGUAGCUGCCAUGCACAACAGGGAAGGAAGGGAUCCUGGCAGGAUUUGAAUGUUGUUGACUAAAUUCACAGAAAGGGGAAUAGGAAUUAUUUCUUCAUUUUUUAUUAUUUUGGUGAUGCACUUAUUUUAACUUCCACUGAUGCCAUUGUGGCAACAUUUGGUCAACUCAGCAGAACUACGUCCAAGUUACAAAAAUAUUUGGGGCCUCUUUAAAAAACAGAGCUACAGCCAGAAUGGUCCUUAGAAGUAAGGAUAGUAAGACUUCCUUCGUGUAUGCUGAGCAUGUUAUCAGGAGGACCAGUCCCUGGUGAAGGACAUCAUGCCUGGUAAAGUAGAGGGUCAGUGAAAAAGAGGAAGAAUCUCAAUGAGAUGGACUGAUACAGUGGCUACAACAACGGGCUUAAACAUAGCAACAAUUGUGAGGAUGGUUCAGGACUGGGCAGUGUUUUGUUCUGUUGUACAUAGGGUCACUAUGAGUUAGAACUGACUCAGCAGCACCUAACAACAACAUAAAAACAACCAUAAAGUGUCGUUAUAUCUGAUAAGAAUCAAGAACUAAAAGACGAAAAGGCAUUUAGAAGGGAAAGCUGAGGAAUUAAUGAAGCAGCCUGGGUAAGAAUUAAAUUGAUGAGAAUAAGAAUCAUUUUAGUUGGAAAAGAAAAAUGUCAAUCCCAAAUAAGAACAUUUAUCCAUUCAAGUAAUCUUUAACCCUUAUCUCAUAUAAAGCACUGUGCUAAAUUCUAUGGAGCAAGCAUUUAUGAAUAAGACUCAUUUUUUUUUAACCAUCAUGAAAUUUAAAGCUAGAAUGAUAGAUAAGACAUCACAAUAAUAAUUAUAAGACAAAAUGUGGCAUUGCAUACAGAAUAUGAAAAGAGGUUUGAACACACACACAUAAUUAAGAAGCUGAAGAGUAAUUUCUAAUUGGAAUUAUUAGAGGAGGUUUCAAGGAAGAUAUAAUAUUUGAGCUGGAUCUUAAUAAUGGGUAGAAUUUGAACUGGAAAGUUUAGGGAUAAAAUGAAGAAGAGGUUAAGGUGAAGGACAUAGUCCAGAUAGAAGUAAACAGCAUUAGCCAAGGUAUAGAUAAUGCAUAGCAUUAACUUGGAAUAGUAAGUUAUUCAGGAUAGCUAUAAAGUAGAGCAUAUUUAUGGGAGUGUUCAGAUUUAGGGAAGUUUCAGUGCAAUGGAUCACCUUUAUAUGGACUUUCUUACCAUGAUCUUGUAAUUCCCACAAAAUGAUCGGGUGAGACUGUGUAAAUAAGGUGCUUAUGGCCCACCAAGUGGAUUGGGCAACUUGCUAAUAGUGCAAAUAAGGUGCAUGGCACCCUUGUGGGGAUGGGACCAUGCAAAUAAAGUGUAUGGAACCCUAACAAAGGAAUUGGGCAGUUUUGUCAUUCCUCUAGGCUUAAAAUAAGCUAUACCAGAGGCAGAAAAGGGAUACCUCACAACAACCAAGAAAGAAGAACUGGGAGUGGAGUGAGUCCUUUGGACCUGGUGUCCCUCUGCUCAGAACCCCCUAGACCCAGGAGACAGAGGUGUAACACCAGAGAUGACAUUAGAUGGCAAGAAGCGGCAGCAAGAGCGAGUGCGGCAGAGAACUGCUAGCAGCAGAAGCAAGAAAUCAGCAGAAUAUGCACAGUGGACUUACUGGCCCAUGGAGUGAGAGAGCUGAGCACCUUCAGGCAGGAGGCUUGCUGAAAGAGUGGGGUGCCUCCAGGCAGUUGGUGGAGCUAGGCUUGCCAACCCACAGAGCAAGAGAGCUGAGUGCUUUCAGGCAGGAGGCUUCCUGGCAGAGUGGGGUGCCUCUGGGAACUUGUCAGUGGAGCUAAAGAGUUUUGUAAUACUUGCCCAAGCAGGGCAGAGGCCAAGCCAGUUCAGAGGGCUGAGGGCUAAGAGAGAGGCCUGCCUGUGGGCACAGCUGAGAAGCUGUCCUGACCGAAGAACUGUAUCCUGAGUUGUUCCUGAUCCUGAAUUGUAACCUGGUACUACCCUAGCAAACGCCAUAACUGAAUACAUCUUCAUCUGGGAGAGACCUUGAUUCUCUGUUUUGGGAGUUUGUAGAAGCAAUCACGAUCUGCUUCUUUAUGUGAUUUGAUAUCGACUGCUGUCUCCAAGCCAUCUAAGCUUAGCCAUGGAGUCUUCCUCAGCUGAGACCAAUUCAACUGACCUACUCUCACAGCCUUCAGAUGAACCCCAAGUAAUUCUCUCCGUGGUCAUUCUGGGCCUCACUUUCUUAUUGGGAUUGCCAGGAAAUGGGCUCGUGCUGUGGGUGGCAGGCCUAAAGAUGCAGCGAACAGUGAACACAGUUUGGUUUCUCCACCUCACCGCAGCGGACCUUCUCUGCUGCCUCUCCCUGCCCUUCUCCCUUGCUCACUUGGCUCUUCAAGGACACUGGCCCUAUGGCUGGCUCCUCUGCAAGCUCAUCCCCUCCAUCAUCAUCCUUAACAUGUUUGCCAGCGUCUUUCUGCUUACUGCCAUCAGCCUCGACCGCUGUCUUCUGGUACUCAAGCCAAUCUGGUGCCAGAAUCACCGCAAUGUGAGGACAGCCUUUGCCAUCUGUGGAUGUAUCUGGGUGGUAGCUUUUGCAAUGUGUAUACCUGUGUUCUUAUACCGUGAAAUGUUCACUGUAGACAACCAUAAUAUGUGUGGCUACAAUUUUGGUGUCUACAGCUCAUUAGAUUAUUCAGAUUUGGCCUUUGAUCUACUGGAAAACGGAACUCUUAAUGACUCCAUUGUUCCGCUGCCUGGGGAAACAGAUGAUAGGUUAGAUUCUUCCUCUUUCCCAACAAAUGAUCAUCCUUGGACAGUCCCCGCAAUGAAUCCAUUGACGACUUCCACUGACCUCCAUGCUCAAACAUUCCAAAGACCUUCUGGAGAUUCACUCCCUAGGAAUUUAUCUAGAUUAUCCAGUCAGUAUACCUAUUAUAAUUUAUAUAAAUCUGCUGAUGUGGUCUUACCUAGAAUUCCCAGUGAUGUGCGUGGGUUUCCCAGUGAAGAUCGAAGGACUGACUCAUUGGAUUACUCUAAUUUUCUCUCUACUGAUUUAGGCCUUUUCCCCAGUGCUUCUAGCAAUUCCUUAUACACAUAUGAUUACUAUGAUUACCACAGUGGUAAUUCAAGCCAAUUCAUAAACGACAAUCAAGUGCCAACACCCCUGGUAGCGAUAACCAUCACUAGGCUAGUAGUGGGUUUCCUGUUGCCUUUUAUUAUCAUGGUGGUCUGCUAUACCCUUAUUAUCUUCCGAAUGCGACAGGGACGCUUCUCCAAGUCUCGGCGCAAAACUUUGCGAGUGGCCAUGGUGGUGGUCGUUGUCUUUCUUGUCUGCUGGACUCCAUACCAUGUAGUUGGUGUCCUAUCAUUGUUUAUUGAUCUAGAAACUCCCUUUGGGGAAGCUUUGUUGUCCUGGGACCAUGUGUCCAUUGCACUAGCAUCUGCAAAUAGCUGCUUCAAUCCCUUCCUCUAUGCCCUCCUGGGGAAAGAUUUUAGGAAGAAAGCAAGGCAGUCCAUGCAGGGCAUUCUGGAAGCAGCCUUCAGUGAGGAGCUCACACACUCUACCAGCUGCCCCCAAAACAAAAUCUCUUUAGAAAGAAACAGUACCAGUACAGUUGUUUGAAAACAUGGAGCAGCCAACUCAAGCAGAGGUUCUUAAGUAUUCACCCAGUACAAUAUGUUUCUAAAAGGUUGAGAGAUGUAGUAAGCAGGGGGAUUCAGAAACCAUCAAAGAAUCAUAAGCAACAUCUUAGUCCAGUGGUUCUCAAAACGUGGUGCCCAGACUAGGGAUACCACUUGUCAGAAAUGUAAACUCUCAAGCCCCACCCCAGACUUGCAGAAUCAGAAUUUCUGUGAGGUAGGGCCCAGCAAGCCCUCUUGUUUUAACAAGUCAUCUUGUUUCUGAUAUAUGAUAAAUUUGAGAAUUAUUGUAAAAGUCCAUUUCUGUCCAAUACUAAACCAUGUGUGAUAAAUGAGAAAAUAGUCUGUUUUUAAAUGAUGUUUCCAUCAUUAAAUUUUUUCUUUAGUAUUAUCUAAAUCCCCUUCUAGAUUCAAUGUUAACUCAUUUCUUCUAGGCCUAUCAGCUAUUGAGACAGAAAAGAAGCCCUGGUGGAACAAUGGUUAAGUGCUCCACUGUUAACCAAAACGUCAGUGGUUCAAACCCACCAGUGGCUCCAUAAAGAUCUGCCCCCAUACAGACUACAGCCUAGGAAACCAUAUGGGGCAGUUCCACUCUGUCCUAUAGUGUUGCUAUGAGUUGGAAUCUACUCGAUGGCACACAACAACAUGAGACUGAAUCUGGAGCAAAGUGAGAUGCCAGAUGCCUGCUACCUGGAACACCCCUGGGUACAGGACAUAGGGAUUCCAAGGGUCCACUUUACAAGUAAGUAAGCAUUUAUUAUGUGAAGACAGACUAACACAUCUAAAAACUUCCUAGUAAAAUGUUACGUAAGCUGCUGUUUGGGGAGAUCUCCGUUUACUCUAUCUGCCAACUGGUCAAAUCAUCUAUCUUCCAUUCCUUUUCUUAAGCUCUUUGAUUUCCUUAUUCUUUUCAUGCCUCUAAAUAUUCUUCCAUACCAGACUUUUAGUCUCCAAUAACCUCUAAUUUCAUAAUAUUUGAAUUACUCCCUCCUCUUGCUCCGAAUUAAUACUUUCCAAAGGCUUCAUCUCAAAUGAAAGAAGAAAAAGGGUGGAGGAUGGAGCAGCAAUUAUUUACUCUGCUGCAAAAUGACUGAAUACUGUACCAGAAAUACCAUUAAACUUUUUUUUUUAAAUAUGACUAUAUAUGUGUAUCUUUCAUACCAAAAUUACCACAUAUAUCUUUUGGGCUUUGUAAUCCUUUCUUACCAAAGUUACACAAUGUACAUAGUUUUAAGAGAAUUAAAAUUGUAGAGACUUAUAAUGAAAUGUAAGACAUCUUCUGCCCAACUCUGUGUAAUGCCCAACUGCUCUCUUCUCACUCACAUUUCCCAUCGGCAAACCUUGCAAUUCUUUUAGAGAUUUCUAAAUUACAUGUUUUUAGACGUGACAAAAUGACUUGUUCUGAAAGAUGAAGAUUUUUAUUCAAACACCUCUGUAUUUUUAUGUUGUUUGUCUAGCAUACACAAUAUUUGUUAAUAACCAUAUUUUAAUUCAUUCAUGCCCAGGCUUCUCUCUCCCUUUGGACCACCCAUUUUUCUUGAACUUUGUCUAUCCUUUUCAAACAUUUAUAUAGUUUUCCUACCAGCACCCUUUUAUUUUUAAAAAGCAUUUCCCAACUCCCUACCACAUUCUCUCUCAUUUUUCUGUGUAUAAAAUUUUAAAUGUAGCCUUUUCUAAACUGAUUAUAUACAAUGACUUAAUCUAAAAAAUAGAAAAGGAGAUGUUUUGGACUUGCAAGGCAUUAUUAUUUGUUCAAUAGUUGAGGUGAGAGUCUGGACUACAAAUUCGUUAUAAGGUUCUAUGCAGAAAAUUUCAAAUCACUAGGAAUUCUGUCAGUUGUUAGGUAAUACCGUCUGACAUGAUGUAAAUUUGCAUCACUACUUUUCCAAUUUAAUUUGCUUAUAUAUCUGAUGUAAAUAAAUACUUUUUAUCUCAUGGAUCCUUGCAAGGCUCAGAUAUUCAUAAACGCUUGUAAUUGGUUUACACCCAGGAUAUAUCAUAACCUAUAAAUAUUCAGCAAAUAAAUCUCAUAGUGGGUUACUGUAGGGCUGCUAUAAUGGCCAUUAGCCAGACUUCUUGAAACCCCAACACAUCCCACAAGACCCUGAGUGUAAAUUCCAAACUACUGGGGCUAAUGUAUAUGAUAUUAGGAUGAAUAAACUUGACAUAGUUAUAAGAUUCAAUGUACAGUGAACUGUUGGCAAUCCAUUGUCUAGACUCCUUUUGAGAGUUCUAUUUAUCUUGGAAAUGUAUUCUUAAGAAAUUCCUACAAUUAGAAUUCCCUCAUUUAUGAUGAAAAACUCUGGUGAGUGCCUAUAACUAUUUUUGUACUAUCUCAUCUCCAGGAUGUCUCAGACUGGGAUCCAGUUCUUCACCAAAAUGCAGUAUCUUAAAUAUUUAAAAUACCCCAGGAUUCAAGUAAGGUGGCCCUAGUCCACAUACCAAGCUGCAAGGGGUGACUGACUUUCCCAAUAUUUCACUAUAUUUAAUAGCAUUUGAAAAGAGGAAUGUUAAAGGAGUGCUCUUAAUUCAUCUUCCCAUCAACCUUACAAAAAAUUACAAGGCAAACCACUUAAUCCCAAUAGUGGGAAGAGAGGCUAAAUGCCAAGUAAAACCAAAUGCUCUCACAUUUCUCCCUUCCUACCCCAGCAAAGAGAAACUU